AACCUUAAUCACCCCACUUUGUAUUAUUCUCGUUUAUGCUUUUUCCCCCACUCUAGAGAGAGAGAGAGAGAGAGAGAGAGAGAGAGAGAGAGAUCAUCAAAAUCUUGAUUGAAUCAUCCAUGGGAAUUAAUUCAGACAUGAUGAGGGAGAGUGAGUAAAGGUAUCUUUCUGGGUAGCCUGUAAUAACAUCAAUCAAUCAAGUAUCCUGCAGAUCGAUCCAUCUAUCCAUCCAUCAUGAGCUCAGAAGAACUUGUUUCAGUUUGUUCUACUCAAAGAUCCAUCGAUGGAUCUAAUCCUCCCCCUCCAAAGAAGAAGAGAAACCUUCCAGGAACACCAGAUCCUGAGGCGGAAGUGAUCGCGCUGUCGCCGAAAACCCUGAUGGCGACGAACAGAUUCGUGUGCGAGAUAUGCGGGAAGGGGUUCCAGAGGGAUCAGAAUCUGCAGCUGCACAGGAGGGGCCACAACCUGCCAUGGAAGCUCAAGCAGAGGAGCAGCAAGGAGGCGGCGAGGAAGAGGGUGUACGUGUGCCCGGAGAAGACCUGCGUCCACCACCACCCGUCGCGCGCCCUCGGCGACCUCACGGGAAUCAAGAAGCACUUCUGCCGGAAGCACGGCGACAAGAAAUGGAAGUGCGACAAGUGCUCCAAGCGCUACGCUGUCCACUCCGAUUGGAAGGCCCACACCAAAACUUGCGGCACCCGGGAGUACAAAUGCGACUGUGGGACUCUCUUCUCCAGGAGAGACAGCUUCAUUACACAUCGAGCAUUCUGCGACGCCUUAGCCGAAGAGACGGCGAGAGUGACGGCGGCGGCGGCGAUACACAUGAACACCAGCAACCUGCAGCACCACCAUCCUGCAACCACCACCACCACCUUCAACUACCACUUAAUCGGGCAGCAUUUCCACCCCAUUUUCAAACCCAUUCAAAAUCCCAGCAAUAUCAUCGAUCCAAUCAGGGCUAGCCAGCUGUCGCUGUGGAUGACUGCUCAUGAUCAUUCCCCCAAAAAUCUACAACAGAUCAACAAUUCCCUGGGAAUCUCCAUCACAUCUGGGCUAAAUAGCUUCACCUCCCAUGGCGGCCAUGAUCAUCCAAAUCCACCUCCACCUCCACCACCACCUGCAGCAUCGUCGAUGAACUGGGACUUUGGAAACAAGCUCUCCUCCUCAUCGGACGGCCCAGAUCAUCCCACAAUCCCUAUCCCAAUCCAAAUCCCAAAUCUUCCUAAAGAAGUGAGUACUUCUCCAGCUCCAUCUCUGUUCAGCACUCAAAUCCAUAGCCACCAGCAAUUGCCCAUUUCUGCAACAGCUCUGCUGCAGAAAGCUGCUCAAAUUGGGGCCACAGCUGACCCUUCAUUCCUCGGAAGCUUUGCCCUAAAGGGCAGUGAAAGUACGACUGUUUCAGUUCAAGACAAGUUCUGCGGACUGUACGCCACAAACUCGUCAGCAACCAGUGGACUCGGCAGCGACAUGGAAAGUUCAGUGAAUGAUCUCCCUCCCCUAAAUCACAUGGACAUGGACAUGAACCCUUCCGGUUCGAAGCGGCGCCGGACGAUGAACAACGACGAGAUGACCGGAGGAAAAACUAGGGAUUUUCUUGGAGUUGGGAUUCAGUCCAUAUGCCAUCAUCCUUCGUCGAUCAAUGGGUGGAUGUGACUUGUAAUGCGAUACAGGAAGCUCGACCUAGCUCGUAUCAAUGGAGGGGAUGAUCGAAGAGAAGAGGGAUAACUUGAAGAUUAUCUGCAACCUAAUUUGCAGACAAGAAUAAUAUUAUAUCAUCAAUGUGCUGAUUCAUCCAUAUUCUGCAGGAGAUCCAUCGAUGCUCCAACACCUUUUGAAAUUGGUGGCUUUUGUUUAAUUAUUGUGGUCGUGAUGGGCAGUGAAGCUAAAGGGGGACUUUUUUCACUCACUCCAUUAUUAUAAUCUUUACUUAAUUGCUCAUAUUUUAAUUUAUUUAUGCAAUUCCCACCAUAUAUAUAUAUAUAUAUAUAUUGGCUUAUGACUAUGAGGAAAGAUUACACAUUUCCUGUAAAAUAUAUGAACCCCUACUAUAUGUUUAAUUUGGUAAAUUAGCUGUCUUCCUCUCCUGUAUGCUUCCUGCCCUUUUA